AUGGUGAACCAUCCACAGGCCGUUGAGAUGAAAACCGCUGUGGUUCAGCAGCCUGACGAAGCGACUGAUACUGCCAUUCAAGUGUCGGAUACGACGGAUGAAACUGUGGAAGACAAUGCGGAGGACAUCGCCAGACAGUGGUCGGACGAUGCUGAGGAGACCAUUAGAGAAAGUGAAACAACGCUGAUACGACGGCAGCUGAAAAGUCAGGGAACUGCAAAAACUGUGAAGAUAUUCCUAUCAAGAUACGCUCUCUACCUGAUACACAGAAUAAUACGGAUCACGCCAGCUGUGCUGCUGAUCGUGAUGCUAUGCGCAGGGCCGUCAUCGCUGUUCGUGCACGGAGCGUUCAGGCGCACGUUCGAGUCCUCGUACCUGGAGAUCUGCCGGCGCGAUUGGUGGGUCGACCUGACGUUCGCUUCCAACAUCCUCACCGUGCCCGGGGGCUUUAAGUAUGGCGACACGAGACGCACCUUCCCAGGGUGCAUUGGGUCGACAUGGUACCUGGGCGUCGACUUCCAAGCGUACCUCGUGAUGCCAUUUCUCCUGCUGCCCGUCAAGAUGAUGGGACGUUACCGUUGGCUCUACUCGUUAUCUCUGGUGCUGGCGUCCUGCCUCCUAUGUGGCAUCGUAACGAUGGCGCAGGAUCUGCUGCCUGCGUCGCUCCUGACAUUCGAUGGUGAGGCAAGUCUGAGAUACGUGACGUGGUCCUACCUGAUGCCUUACAUGCGCAUCAGCCCCUACAUCGUCAGCGCCUUCUUCGGGCUGCUGCUCGUUGACGCCGAUACACACUUGCGGAGGGGAAGCGUCGAAGGUCCACGCUGGCUACAAAUUCUGCGCAAGAAGGAAGUGCUUCUGCUGGGAUGGGCAAUAUUCUCGGUGACGGUGUUAGCGGUGGUGUUUGGUCUCGUGAACAUCAACAUCUAUAGCUUCAGCAACCCCAACCCCACGCUCACUCCCGCCGGUACCUUCUUCUACGCCAGUUUCGACAUCGCAGCGUGGGCUUGCUGUGUCGGCUGGCUCGUGCUCACCUGCACCCUCGGACUGGCAGGUCCUGUCGACGUCUUCCUGUCUCACCCCAUCUGGCAGUUCCCCAGCCGUGUCAACUAUUGCGUCUACCUCAUCUCCCUGCCCCUGCAGGGCAUGAUUCUCUAUUCCGGAUACAGCAACUUCUAUCUCUCAACCCUCUCCAUAUUGCUGAGCUACGGUGGUGUGGUGCUGCUCAGCUUCUUCGUGGGCGCCGCAAUUAGUUUCGUGGCCGAGGCGCCAUACGUCGGUCUCGGCAAGCUAAUUAGGCGUCGCUAGUGAUGCAAUGUAAGCCAAAGGGAGACGAUGAAGCGUUGUUGGUGACGGUACAUGGAGUGUAGAUUAAUGAGAUGGCUGUGGUGACUGGACAUAAUGAGAUAAUGAUAGCGGCAGAAGAUGUAAAACUUGUAGACUUGGGAGAAAGCGCCAGUGACCGAACAUAGGUCUGGGUAGACUGACGAGAUGGCGCCAGUGACGAUAUUCAGGCCUGGGUAAACUAAUGAAAAAAAUUUCAGUGAAAGUCUGCAGGCUAGACAUGACAAUACCUUUGUGUAAGCAUAAGAAAUUUAUUGUAAACAUCAGGAGGCUUCUGUAGCUUAAAGAGGAUAUCAAAGACAUCAAGUGGUUUACUUUGUCAGAGUUCUUUCAGGGGUAUUAGAGGCUCAUGCUGGCAUUAUCAAAUUCAUGACAAAACCAUGAUGGUCUCGUUAGAAAAGUUAUUUUUCACUGCAUUGCCAUAGAUAUUUUCAUUAUAGUCUCGUUUAUGUAUGGUAUUUAGAUACGUAACGGUUCUUAUAGCCAUGAGAAUGUUACACCUUUCUUGUUUCAUCAUACUUAAGUUAUGUUGUUAGACAUAGUGUUAUUUCAUGAUCAUAGAGAUAUUAAAUAGGAUUUUCGCCUAGACUCUAGACUGAGAUUAUUACAGUUUCUUGCCUUCAAAUGCGAACGAUUAUUAUUUAUGUUUUAAUAAAAUACUUGACCAAAUCAGAUUCGUAUUUUUAUCUCACUUUUAUGACGAGAUAUAUAUUUCUUGAGCUCGAGUGCCCUGGAGUGCAACGUCUCCACUUCCGCCAUAAACACAUGCCCCUCCAAUGAACUCUAGUAAAAUAUUAUCGGCAAAUUUUACAGGCUUGCCAACGCGAUACUCCUCCAUACACCUAACUAUUCGAUCCUGGUGUCGAAUAAAUCAUGUUUCAACUGGGCUGAUUUAUCCCAACAUCUCCUAUAGUUAGUUUGAAUAAACAUGUCUGUUGAGCGGGAAGCGAUUACUUCAGGCACGUCAGGUACGCGAACU